AUGCAGACAUCCACCGAUAAACAGAAUCAGCAGCCAAAGAGCUCUGGAAUCAAAGAGAUUCUCAAGAAAUUGGUCGACACUCAACAGUCAUCGCUCAAGGUUCUUGACCAGAUGGAGGUGCGGGUUGGGCGUAUCGAAGCGCAGGUUGGGCGGCUAAAAGCGCAGGUUGACCGUAUUGAGGAAGAGCAGUCUGAGCAGAGGCAUGCUCAGAAUUGGCGAGAUCGUGAUGCGCAGAUUGAGCGUAAUGUCGAUACACAGAUGAGGCGUACUAUGAAUGCGCAAGUUAGCCGUAUCAAUGCGCAGGUUUGCCGUGUUGAUGUGCAGGUUAGCCGUAUUGGGCGUUCUGUUGAGUCUCUGAAGAGACAGAAAUUGGAACUACCUCUUCGGGAAAGCCAGGAUGUGAAGAUGGAUACGGAAUUCAAGACACCGGAUAAGGAGCCGAACGAGGAGAUGGACGAUGAAAUGGACGAGAACCCCGAUCCGCUUUGGGAGGUUGUGUGA